AUGGUAGAAUUUCAACCGAAAUAUCAACAUCAAGAUUCAGAGUCAGCAUCUGUUUAUGUUGGUCCUGAUUCCAUGUCUGAUAUACAUAAUAUACGAUCAAGGCAUCCUAGGUCAAAUGCUCCAUCGGAGCCACAAGCACAAUUUUCGCAUCUAACUCUUAGCACUGAUGAUUUUCCAUCGAACGAACAUAAUACAGAUCUUAGUGUUGGGUCACGAUAUAAGCAUAAUACAUUACAAAUAAUUCUAUUGAUUUUUACAACUUUAUGUUAUCUUCUAUAUGCACUAAGAGCUCAUAUUUCAAGCGAAAUGGAACAAAUUUAUCCUUUUUUGUCAAUGAUGAAACCAACGUCAAUACGACGAGUUUAUACGCCAGAUCUACGACCGAAUCCAAUGGUUGAAAAUUUUCUUAUUUGCUUGGCAGAAACUUUUCAAACGCUUUGGCUCAUUUACAUAUUAUCAUAUAUUCCACGGCGUUCUCAUGUUGGAUAUGUUUAUCGGCAUCCGGAUAUAUUCAAUUCAUUACUUUGUUUGCUGCUUCUUCUUGCUCUCGGUUUUCAAGCAGUUAGUCAAGCGCGAUUAAACUAUCACAUUUCAUGUGCAUGUCUAUUUGCUAGUGCUUUUAGUUUAAUGAUCAUUUGCCGAUCGGUCGCAGUAAAAUUAAUAAUAUAUGAAGAGAAAUUGAAAUCCAUCGAUUUCAUAAUCAAUCGUUAUUUUAUCUUAAAUAGUCUUUUUCUAUAUUCUACAACAGUAAUUUAUUUAGCAAUCUGUGCUGCUAUUGAGCAAUUCAUCUAUUAUAUUAGUUCAUAUUUUCAAAUGAUGCUAUUCCCUACAACUCUUGGCUUAUCGGUGGCUUUGAUUCUGCUUACUAUCUAUUUUCUUCUGGAUCAAUUUGUUUAUGAAAAUGAAUUUUACUCAAUAUGGACACCGUACUUGUUUGUUGCAGUUAUUUUCAUUGCUCCGCCCUUUCGCAGUUAUAUAUCAUCUGAAUUACAUCUAAUUACUCAGGGUUUAGAUUAUUAUUUACUUUGGGCACUUUUUAUUACAGCAAUGCUGAUGAUAUUAAUUCGGCUGUGGCGACAAAUAUCAAUGAAAUAUAAUGAAAUGAAGAAGAAGAAAAAACAGAAUAAUUUAUAUGCAGAACAAGUUACUUUUCAAGCUGAAACCUGA